UGUUUAGUGUCAAGAUACUUGUCAGUCCCGCAACGUUUCUCAUCGGCCGUGAACCCAAUCGUAUAAGAGGCGGUGGCUGGACCACACUUAAAACUGACCGAUGGAAUUCACCAUGUUUAUUUUCUAUUCAGUUCUUUUUUGCACAAGCCUUGUGUGGGCAUCGGUUAUCCAUGAUCUGAAUGUGGACACUGAACACGGUGCUGGACGUGGCGUAGCGGUACCCGUCCGGUUGGCAGACUCCCCUAGGGACGGGGAGGGACGGGUGGAGCUGUUCCACGACGGCGUGUGGGGUACUGUCUGUGACGUAUUAUUCGGUGUUGCUGAGGCCAAACUCGUCUGUGAGGUACUCGGGUACAGUUAUGGCGGUCUUCUCCAGCCAAAAAUGACGUACGGGUUUGGGCGUGGCCCUAUCAUGGUCGACCUUGACUGCCCGUGGGAUGCCACUAAUCUCGGCCAAUGCAGUCAAACAGGAUGGAGUCAAAACCCACCGAGUGUUUGUAAUCACGACGCGGAUGUGGGCGUGGCCUGUAGGACAUCUCCAUCCGAAGAUAUCCCUGUGCGCCUGAUAGGAGGGACGGGGCCCCACGAGGGACGGGUCCUGGUAAAACAUGAGGGACAAUGGGGCACAGUGUGUAACCAGGAUUGGGACCCCAGAGACGCAGCCGUCAUUUGUCACCAACUUGGCUACAGUCACGGCGGAGAGGCAAUGAUGUGGCCUGCAAGGUAUAAUUUCGGAGCCCGACCCCCCGGACCUAUCUGGCUAAGUAACCUGAGCUGUGGGGGUAAAGAGCCCCGCCUUGGGGAGUGUCCGAGCUUGGUCUGGGGUGAGGACGCCCAUCAGUGCCGUUCAACCUUCAUGGACGCCUCAGUCCGCUGUUAUACGGAAAACAUUCCAGACUUCCAGAUUCGACUUGUUGGCGGUGAAAAUAAUCGGACUGGACGAGUAAACAUUUUUCACGAGGGUCGCUGGUGGGACGUGUGCGAUGAUUGGUGGGGUAAUGAUGACGCAAGCACCGUCUGUCGGACAUUAGGAUACAGGGAGGGAAAUGCCACGCAUGUGCAGCAUAACACAGGAAGGCUGGACGGGUUUGGGUGGGACAUGGUGUAUUGUCCCCCUGGGGUAACGGACUUCCGUCACUGCUUUCACAGGGGAUGGGGCAGGCACACCUGUUACUGGUACGAGGUAGCGGGAGUGGUUUGUGAGUAAUAAUAAACAAUCAUCAAGGUUCGAUUUUUGUACAAACGAUAAAACAGACGUGGCGGAUGACAAGAGACGCAGUAGAAGUGUGGUGCUCAAGUUGACAAGAGGAGGGUGCUUGGGGUCCUUUUAACGCUGCCAGUAUGUAAGGGAAAAUACUUUUAAAAAAAAUGACAAAAACUGUAAACAACUAUAUAUAUUUAUAUAUCUUAGGAGCUUGUUCGACUUUUCACUCGCUUAUACAAUAAAAAAUACAACAUAAAUUAUACCAUAUUUCAUUUCGAUUUUACUGCCAAAGUCAAUACUGAAGAUAAUCAAUUUUUAAUCGACAUAUACCUUAGUUUUGUUGAACAUUCUAUUAAAUUGCCAAGAUACUAUUGCAGAGGACAUAACUGUUAUCACCUCAUUACAUAGAUGCUAAUAAACAUUAAUAAAUGUGAAAUUAUAUUGAUAUUAAAAUUAAAAUUAAUUCGAUUGAAAA